CCACGGCCGCCAAGCCGCCCCGCGCCGGCUCGCCAUCAUCGCCGCUUUGGCUUCUGACGCCUCAGCCGCCGCCUCAGCCGGAGCGAGGAAAAUGCUCCUGAGGCACCGGCAAUAAAGGCAUAUAAAUAACUGGGACGGCUAUAAAAACCGAGCAGUCACAGCUGCCUCUUUUUCAGACGAAGGGCGUCCGGUGCCGGUCAUUUACGUGCUGAGCAACCUGCGCGGAAAUGGAAGGCGUCCUUUACCUAAAGUUGCUCUCUGUUGUAGCCCUCGCGCCGGGCGUCGUCACAGGCCUAGAACUGUCCAUCAACGCCAACACUGGGGACUACGAGCUGCCGACCGAGGUGGGACGGACCCAGUCGCUCUGGUGCACCAUUCAGCGUCACAGCCAGGAAGAGGAGCUGCUGUGGCUGCGAGGAGACGGGGAAGUGGACCUGCAGGAGGGGAACAAAGUGAACGCCAGCAACGUCUGCAUCUCCCCCGUCACCGAGGAGGACGACGGCGUUUCCUUCACCUGCCAGUUGGCCCGGAACAAAUCCGUGCAGAUCUCUGUUCUGCUGAAUGUCACCUACCCCCCCGUCCUGAGCGGAGAAGACCCACCCGUCACCCCUGCGGAGUGGGACGCGACCCUCGAUUGCCGGGUCAAAGCCAACCCGCCUGCUCGGCUGACCUGGCUGAAGGACGACAAACCCCUGAGCCUGGAGGACUCCCGCUACUGGAUUCUCCAAACCAGCGAGCUCUCCCAGCUGACCAUUAAGCAACUCCAGCCGUCGGAUGGAGGGAGGUACACCUGCGAGGCUCGCUCCCCGCGCGGAGAGAGCCGCAAAGAUUUCCACCUGGUCGUCUCAGAGAGUCAACUGCCUUUCCCAACCGAAGCGGUCAUCGCUGCAGGGGUGGUCCUGUCGCUCAUCGCGCUCUUCGCUCUUCUGGUUCAAUGGGAGAAGAUCGGAAAGUGUUUCAAGAAAACGGAUUCUCUAAGCCACACUGCCCUGUGAAGGAGUUCUUAUUCUGGAGCAACCUCAGCGGUGACUUGCGUGACUUCAGAUUGCAAAUCCGAAAGGAAAUUCGUAGUAGGGUUGCAAUUGAAGCAUUGCUUUGAUUUCUAACUUAAAUAAAUCAAAUUUGUAACUUAUCCAUGUCCAGGCAACGUUGACAUUUAUGACUGAUCCACUUUCGAGCAACAAUAAAACGUAUAGUUUUGUCCACCUUCAAAA